CACUUUGUAUUGCUAUGCAGGUGUUGACGCUGCGAAGGAAAGUGGCAAGGAGGCAGUGGCAAUAUGAAAACAGGAACAAGGAUUUGAAAAUGUUUUCGUGCAAAGUCUAGAGGUGGCGAGAAAUUGGAAUGGUCAACCAGCCAGUUUCCAAAACUUUGUAGUCAUGAAGACAGAGGAUUAACCAAAGGCAGAAGUGAUUGUUUAUCUUAAAACAAGCACCAUGAAUAAGGGGCUUGCCUUAUCAAAAGAACUGCAACAGGCACGUUGGGAUGAAAGAUGGGGAGACAUGAAGGAUAUCUUCAAUGCUUGGGCCUCUAAAUUUCCUGUGGUGACAGAUGAUGUCACCAUUCUUAAACAUUUUGUAAAUGGGGAGUCAACAGUUGAGUUAUAUAUUACUGAAAAUAAAGACAAAAGUAGAGUGGUAACAGACUUUCUAAAAGAAAAGCCAUUGAAUGAGGCUGUUGAUGAACUCAGAAAAAGUUUACACCUCUAUAAAGAGAUAUACAGACAAUUGCAGGGACCUGUUAUGGUGGAGCUGCUUUUGCUUCUAUGUAAAUGCUAUUUCAUUGCAAACCAGUUUGAAGAGUCUUUGAAGUUUAUUGAUGAGAGUGGUGUGACACAGAACAAUGUUGAAGAUCUCUCAAAGCGAGGUCAUCUAUUGGCUGCACAGGCAUUGUGCUAUAAGGGUGUCAUGUUGGCGAAGACGAGACCAGGAUCAGAAAAUGAAGUUCUAGCAGCUUAUAAGUUUUCAGCUGAUAUCAGUUUAUGGCUUUAUUGCGACGAAAAUAGGACUGGAAGCCUAAAGAAGUCGUUGGAGAUGCCAAGAAUCAAGGUUCUCCCAAGAGAUCUAGUCCAGUCGUUCGUGAAACCAGUGGAAAUUGAGCUUAGACAAGGGAAUGUGUAUGAAGCCAUUAGUUAUUACCGUUCAUUUCUCCGUGUUGUUGAGUCAAGAGGAACAACACCGCUGAGAAAGAUUCUUGCCUUAAAUCUUGCUGACAUUCUACUGUUUGGUCAAUGUGAGGGAAACUAUAAUCGACCUCCGAUUCAUAUGUGGCAAAACGAGACUCGCACCAAGUCAGGAUCAUUGACGCUCAAGACAUACCAAGAAAGGACUCUGUCGUCGUCCUCCAGCGGAAGAUCAACCCCAAAAGUGUCUCACAAAGAUUACGGUAGAUCGAAUUCGGCAGCUGGCAAGGAUGGGGCAUUUUGUCCAAAGGAUGAGUUCGAAGAAGCAAUAUUAGUUCUGUUGCUUAGCGAGGCGUUGCUCCUUCGUGAUGGCUGCGUUAGUUUGUUUGAUAAAGAUAGAGUGACACGAGAACAGACCAUCGCAGAGGCUCGAUCAGUUUACGAUUUACUUUGCAUUGCGACAGCCAGAAGGAAACAAUAUGGUUUCCUCUUGGAGUGCCUGGAAAGGGGAAUGAAGCUGUCAUAUCAGGAGUUUAGUCUUUGGUUUCAAUAUGGUUUGGCUUUGAUAUGUGAUCAGAGGUACAAAAAGGCCUUGGUAGUUCUCAAGAGGUGUCAUGAACUGCAGCCGGAUAAUCAAGAUGUAGUUCUUUAUUGCAUCAAAGUUUGCAUUAACAAUCUGCACCAGUUUGACAAUGCAAUUGACUUCGCCAACAAAGGUUUGGGAAUGGCUAAUGAGCCAAGCGCAAAAUCACUCUUCCAUUUCGCAAUUGGAAUAUGCUACAGUGCUCUAGCUUCAAAAGCGUCUUGUAAUGAUCAAGAAAAAGUACUAAGAAGAAAGUCAAAAGAAGCAUUGGAAAGGGCAAUGGAUCUAGACCCGAAUGAUGCUGAUGUGAUGUGUCAACUUGCUCUUAAUCAUGCAAUCAGUAAAGAGCUGGCUGUUGCAGCCAACCUGGUUAACCAAGCAUUGCAGGUUGAUCCUUAUCACAGAGACUCACUGCUCUUGCUCUCCCUCAUUUUAUCGGCCCAAAGCCGGAGUCAAGAUUCAUUGGAGAUAAUUGACGUCGUUAUAAGAGAGUUCCCUGAUGAUUUCCUUUUGCUGCAAGUGAAAGUCUUUUUGACAGAAGAGUGUUUUGGUGGAGAGCAAGCGCUGGCACUCUGCCAAGAAAUGCUAAGACUUUGGGAUGAUUUAUUUGGGGAAGAAAUUGGCGAUGACAUCGCUGCGCAGCAAGGAAGAGACGCAAAAUCUGGAAAAAGUUCUGUUCUGAAGAAGCCAGCGGCAGACACGAGGUCUGUUGACGGAGUAAGUGUGGCUAAAAGUGCAAAAAGCUUGGCAUUUGCGGAUGGAAUCAAGCAAUGCCAUGACGAAGACGAGGUUGGCAGCAUAACUGAAUCUGUAACCAUUGAAAGGAGCCUUUCCGAAAUCGCCUCUACGACAGUUUCGGGGGCGAAACUCAGAGGACCAGCGGCUAUCGCCAUUCUAGCUAAAAUUUGGCUCAUUACAGCUGAUGUUUAUCUAAACAUGGGGAACACAAACGAAGCAUCAAAUUGUGUACUGGAAGCCUCUUCAAUAUUCCCCGUUUCGCCUGAAGUUCUGUCCAUGAGAGGCCGACUGAACUAUAUGCAAAGAAAUUUUGAAGAAGCAAAGGCAUGCUUUGAAAGUGCGAUGGCAGUUGCACCAAAGUACGUCGAGGCAAUGGAAAAACUGGCAAUUCUUCAUCAUGAAAAUGGAUCGGCUUCUAUGGCUCAAAAAUACAUCCGAGAUGCAAUAUCUUUAGAUCCUAUGAAGCCGUCAUUAUGGCAUGUCCUUGGAAACGUCAUGGCUGCCAGAGAAGAACACGACGAGGCAUCAGAUUGUUUUCUCACAUCACUGGACUUGGAAGCAACUUGCCCUAUUCUGCCCUUCACCAUGGUGCCAAGUCAGUUCAAAUCUGAACACUUAUAAAAAUGUAGGAGUGCCUAGACAAACAUGUAGUUUACAGUUUUAAUUUAAUCUUCAAGUAUUUUGAAAAUA